AUGGAGAUUAACGUGGAAGCUGAGAAGCCUCAACAUCUUGAUGAACAAAAAAUGCCCCUGCUGGAAAACAAAGCCACACCUGAAACGGGGGAGAAGUCAUUAAUACAAAAGGCCAUUAGCCAGACAUUUCUGAGCACAGCCCAUUUAGCCAAUCUUUUACCAACCGGUUCAGUUCUCGCUUUUCAACUUCUUGCACCCAUUUUCACAAAUGAAGGGGAGUGUGACUCAGCCAGCCAGUCCAUGACAGCUGGGCUUGUUGCCCUCUGUGGCAUGUCAUGUUUUCUACUAUGCUUCACAGAUAGCUUCAGAGACAAGAAUGGAAAUGUGUGCUACGGGUUUGCCACAUUUCGAGGUUUGUGGGUCAUUGAUGGAUCAACCACCCUUCCUCCAGAACUUGCAGCAAAAUACCAGCUACGAUUUAUAGAUUUUAUGCAUGCUUUGAUGUCGAUACUAGUUUUUGCAGCAGUAGCACUCUUUAACCAGAAUGUGGUGAGCUGCUUCUAUCCAACACCAUCUGAUGAGACUAGGGAGCUGCUCACAUCAUUGCCAGUUGGGAUUGGUAUCAUUUGCAGUAUGUUGUUUGUUGUGUUCCCCACCCAGCGUCAUGGAAUUGGCUUUCCCCUAUCUCCAAAUUAAACCUCACCUUGUUUCUUUGACUAAUAUGUACCUCCAUUUCUCGCAAUUGCGAAGUGUACCAAGCAAUCUGUUUUCUCUUAAGAGCAACUUUAUGAGCAUUUCCAGCAAUUUAACCA